AUGGAUUCCGGAGAUUAUCCGAAUAGUCCGAUGUUCGGUGGUGCACGAUGGUCGGGUACAGAACCCGACGAAUACCGGCCAUUCGACACCAACGCCGAGUACGAUCCCGACUUUUCCACCCACUCAUACGGGCUGUCCGACAUGGAAUCGUCUCCACACCGCCCCUCCGCCGCCGCCGCUUCUGGGUCCGCCUCCAAGAAGAAGCGGACCAAGGCACGAGCCCAGAAGUUGCCUACAACGGAGGUAUGUGAAGAGUUCGCCCCGAGAAGGACGAACUACUCCGACCCCGAAUCCAUCGUCUUGACGAGAUGUUGGAUUGAUGUUUCGGAGGAUCCGGUGUACGCCAACAAACAGAGGGUGACUGCAUAUUGGGAGCGCAUCGCCGAGAAAUACAACGCGGCCAAGCCGGCGAACGCGUACAAGCGCCACAGGGAGCAGCUCCGCAAGCAUUGGGAUCAAAUAAAGAAGCAGGUAAAUUUGUUCGCGGGGGAGUACGAGAAGUGCGAGAGGGAGCAGGCCAGUGGCGAGAGUCUCGCGGAUGUGCGGGACAAAGCGAUGCAGUCGUACAUUUCAUUGUACGGCGAUUUCAAGCACUACCAGUCCUGGGCGCUCUUGAGAGAUAAGCAAAAUCCGAUGUUCGAGGAUGAGAGUUCCGGCACACCGAUGUCCUUCCGGCGUCCCCCUGGCGUCAAGGCUGCCAAGGGCAAGGGCAAGGGCAAGGCCACAUCCUCCUCCGUCGUGCCGCCUGAGCAAGCCCCGUCGCCGACCCCGAGUUCGACGUUGUCCGCGACUUCGACCGCGGCCCAUGCGUACGCGGAUUUGGCGGCCUCCUCCGACUACCGGACGUUGUUGGACGCGCACACCGCCCUCAUGCAGGCGACCAACCCGGCUCAAAUCGAGGGCAUCCAGCGGAUGAUCGAUGGCCUCAACCGCAAGUUGGGACUUCUCUAG